UGCAGGAAAUGUGUAAGAGGGAAACUCUGAAACUUACCACCAACUUUCCUCCUCUCUUCGCGCACACACUGAGAUCACCCACGGCUGAGACCUGCUCACACAAAAUAAAAGUCAUGAAAAGGCCUAAAGACGCGUUUAAAGGCUGUGUUCUGCAGUUUUGUGGACUACAAGUGGCAUGAGCGCCCCCAGCAGUUUAACAGUAGAAGAUGCAGGGAGUCUUUGCAAGAUUGUGUGUGGUGGUGGCCGCUACCAUCUUCAACCCGCUCCUGUUUCCGCAUGAGAACACCACCGUACCAGAACAGGAUGACCAACUCCUAACUCGCAUGAGAGAACACGAGGAGAAACUAGCCCUAGAACAAGCCAAGUUAGACAAGGAACUAUCACAAAUUGAACACAAGCAAGAGGAACCCCACACUGAACCUGAUUAUAGCUGGUACUUCUGGAGCAUGGUUUCAUUUGUAAUAUUUCUAACUAUUGAGCUGUGCAGAGGGAAUUUGUCUGACUUGGAAUUCUGUUCAAUUGAAGAUGAAAAUGAAAGUGAAACUACAAGUCCAAGAUCUAUGGUGCUCAGUAAGCAUAUCCUACAAAACUUCUGCGAAAGAUGCACUUUGGCUCACGAAAACAGUCGGCUGAAGGAGUUUGUGGAAGGUUUUGCAGAUGACCUACUCGAAGCACAUAGAGGCAUUUCUGAGAUGGGGACAGAGAUGGAAGUUGGGGACUUUGUUGGCGUAGGAAGCAUGUUUGAAUCCUGGCAAGUGUGCAAGCCAAUGACAUGCGACCUUAUUGUACCAUUUUCACCUCCGGAUCCAUACUACUUCCAGUUUAACUUUUCAGAUAUCCCCCCAAAUAUGCAAGGAAGUGGCGUGAUCACAGUUUCCAGAUUUGGGGACGAAGGAUGUCUCUGUUGCUCAACCAGUCUUGGAGAAGACAUGAUUUGCCUAUUGCAUCCCAGUAAUAACAACUCAAAACCUGAACGAAGCUCAGAUGAACUCCUGUGCUCCAAAAACACAAAUUUCCUAUCCAAACAGCAAGUCAUGAAGUGGUUUCAAAUCUCCAUAACCAAAUCGUGGAGUCGAAUUUGUCAUAAAUACGACUUUGAGCUAACGUUUCGCAAUCUCGACACUGCUGGUGCAUUCAAAAUACGACUACCAUCCGGAAAAGUCAUAGUUCUGAACCUCAUCCCUGCAGUGCAAUUUGAAGAUAGCGAUGCAUAUUUUGUAACUCAUUUUCCGUCAAAUUAUGAUUCUAUUCUGGAGGACCCUUUCUGGCCACUUUCUUUGGCUGUAUCUGAGAAAAAGAUACUGAAAUAUUAUACAAAACGAUUACCAAAAAAUUCCUGUCUUUUGCACUGCCUUCAAAUUGUUACCUUUCUUCACAGCAAGCAAACAAGCCUGACUGGGAAGAGCGCUCUGACUGGCUAUCACUUCAAAACUGCUCUAUUUCAUUUACUGAUAAAUAAACGGCCUUAUGUGUGGACUGUUGAUAAAAUUGACCAAAGACUCCGGGAUGUACUUGAUUUCAUGAAAAGGAGCCUUCAGGAGAAAAGACUCAAUCAUGCACUGGUUGGAAACUGUAAAAUACCAAAAGAUAUUCAGAUACCGCAGGUGUUUUUGAAGUCGGAUCCAAUCAACUUGUUUCGUUGUUUAGUACUGGACAAGGCGCUUUAUGAAGCCACUCUGACACAUUUUCAGGAGAUGUUGAGAAAUGGACCUGCUCUUUUGCAAGAAUAUACACCAACAAUGACCAAUGGGGGGAUGAUCCUCAGGCUAAAUGAAAUAUUAUGAGUUCAAUAUAAAAAUUAUUAGAGAUAGACUGAUAUAGACUUAGACUAAGACUUUAUUAAUCCACACAGGAAAUUAUUUGGACACAGUAGCUCACACAACACAAUAUAUUAUAAUAACAAUGACCAAAAGUAUAAAUGAUAAUAAUAAAUUCAAAAUAGGUAGCCGAUAUUUUUGGGCCGAUAUUAAUGGUCGAUUUUGAUUAUUUUCCCCAAAUUCUGUAAUCUAAAUUUACUAAAAACUAACCCACACCCCCUUUUUAAUCUCGCACCUAUAAGAGCGGAGUAGUUACGUUUUGUGCCGUAAUCUCUUCGCACUAAAAUUUUCAAAUAUUUCUAAAUCUUACAUAUAUUCUUUAGGCAGCUGGUCAGCCAAAACAACAAAUUUGCCUGUGCUGGAGAUUUAAGGCUGAUAGCCAAUACACAAAAAAGAGCAAAUAUUAUAUCUCUUAAAUCUCUUUUACAUACAUUAUUGGCAACAAAGAAUAAUAUUGAUACUCUUUUUACAUACAUUUAUUAUUUAAAAAUAUGUAGUUUUGUUUUUUUAUACACAUAUAUAUAUUUAAUGUCUUAAAAAUUUACAUUUUUAUAUAUAUAUUUGUAGAAGCAGAUAUUUUCUUUUAUGCUGGUCAUAAUAAUAAGUCUACAUGUUUUCUGUAUUGCACGCUGAUGGCAGCUACAUUUAUAGUAUUGGAUUUCUUCAUAGUGAUGUCAACUCUUUGGUGGAGCACUGUUUUAACAUCUCCACCCAAAUAGAAAUGAAGAAAGAAAAGACUUAAGUCAGUGUUUUACUUUUUUAUUCAAAAUGACUGAAGUUAAGUGUAUCUUGUUGUAAAAAAAAAAAAAAAAAAAAACAAUAAUUGAAAUGGAUGGGUUUUCAGUGUUUACAGGCCAUAGUCAUAGUCUGGUUUGCCAUCAACAUAAGCAGUCUUAAACAAAGCCUGUGCUGUAUGAAAAGCUUUGACAGCAGGAUCCUCUUGCAUAAGCAUAACUUUUUUAGUUCAGGAGUGCUGUCCAGAAGACUGAAAGACAAAAGGAAAAAUUUACAUUUUUAGUGAACUGUGUUAGCCAUGUUUGUAAUGUACAAUCAAUUACAAGAGAAUGCAUAUGUAUGUGUAAAUAAUCAUUUUUAAAAACUUACUGUUUGAGAUCAAAGGUCUCAAGUCUCAAAUCAAACCACGGCCACAUCAUGUAAACACUAUAAUGAAGUCACCACCAGAAACACAAAACUUUAACCAUUUUCCAUUCAUGUCUAACUAGUUGAUUAAAGUAAAGAACAAAUGUUCUUCACACCU